AUGUCUGACAUGACUAACGCAGCUUGGCCCCUUGCCGACCAAGCCAUGACCCAGACCAUUCUGGACCUUGUCCAGCAAGCCUCUCAUUACCGCCAGUUGAAGAAGGGCGCCAACGAAGCCACCAAGACCCUGAACCGCGGCACCUCCGAGAUUGUGAUUCUCGCUGCUGACACUACCCCAUUGGCGAUUCUUCUUCACCUGCCGCUCCUCGCUGAGGAUAAGAACGUGCCGUACGUAUACGUGCCCAGUAAAAUGGCCCUAGGCCGUGCAUGCGGUGUCAGCCGUGCUGUCAUCGCGGCCAGCAUAACCACCAACGAAGCCAGCGAUCUGAAUGCGCAGAUUCAGACCUUGAAGGUGAACGUGGAGAGGUUGAUGAUUUAA